UGUGGCUGUCGCAGGGAUGUCUGAGACCUCGUCCAGCAAGGAGAGUGCCCCGGCCGAGUGCCCCGUGUGCUAUGAGAAGUUCCAGGCGCUGGAGGCCGCGCACCGCAGGCUGAGCUGCGGGCACACCUUCUGCCACGACUGCCUGGUGAAGUGCCUGCUCUGCGCCAAGCUCGACGGCCAGCUCCAGAGCAGCAUCAUCUGCCCCGUCUGCCGCUACGUCACCUUCCUCAGCAAGAAGAAGCCUCCGUGGCCACCCAAAGCAGGCACCAACCCCCGGACGCUGGAGAUACCUCUGUCACCUUCCUCCUUGUCCCAUCUGACCAAAACGGAGGCCAGCAACACCUUGGUGGUGCCCAGUCAUUUUGUGAAGCCAGUGCAGAGCUUUGACCGGUGCAGCAGCACAGGCAACAGCGCCCUGGAUGUGCAGGAGGUCCCGGGAGAGCUGGCGCGGGAAGCCCACAUCUUUGUUAUCAGCAACCAUGGGAUGCCACUGGUGGACACAGACUGCGGCUCCCUGGGGAGGAGGAGCAGGGUGGAAACAUGGAGCUCGGUGUCAUCCAGCUCGGCCCUGGGGGUGAAAUGCUGCCAGUCUCCCAUCGCGCUCGCCGUCCUCCUCAUCCUCACCGUGGCCAUGCUGGCAGCUGUGCUCCCCUGGCUACUGCUGGUGAAGAGGGACUCGUAGCAGGGAUGGGAUCAACCUGGAGACUAGAGGGGUGUCACUGAUGCUGGGACAGAGCUAGGGCUGGAACCUGCCCCAAAAGAUCCCUGGAGAAAGCCCAGAAGCAGCUUUAGGUGAAGC